AUGGAUCCUUACUCGGCCGAAGGCGAAUUGAUCAACAUCCACAACCACUUCCACCAAGGGCAAUUUCAAGAAGUUGUCGACUUUGAUACCUCGUCAUUUUCGUCCGAGAACGCCCUACCCGCCAAGGUCCUCCAGCUCAGGGCCCGCAUCGCCCUCGGUCAGGCUGAGGAUGUUCUCGCUGAAGUGAAGGGCAAGUCGGAGCCCGAGCUGGAGAUUGUUGGGGCGUUGGCCGAGCUCACACUGGGCAAAACCGAUUCGGCGGUCAAGACGGCAGAGAAGCUGGCUUCUUCAGCCCCCGAGAAUGUGACGGUGCAGGUCGUUGGUGGAAUAGUCCUCCAGGCUUCUGGGAAGCCCGACGAGGCGUUGGCGCUAUUGUCUCAGCACCAAGGCAGCCUCGAUGCCGUCGCAUUGAUCGUCCAGAUCCAGAUUUCCCAGAACCGCACAGAUCUCGCACUGAAAGAAGUCACUGGCGCGCGGAGGUGGGCACAGGAUAGCCUGCUCGUUAACCUGGCAGAGUCUUGGGUCGGUCUCAGGGUGGGCGGUGAAAAGUACCAGCAGGCAUUCUACGUCUUCGAGGAACUGGCACAGGCACCCGCGACAUCAUCGGCGUGGAGCUUGGUCUCACAAGCAGUCUGUGAGCUGCACCUCGGCCGGACAGAGGAGGCCCAGGCUGCGCUUGAGCAGGCGCUACAGAAGGACCCCGAGAACUCGGCGGCUAUCGCAAACCUACUCGUCCUGGCUGUCGUAUCUGGACAAGACCCCAAGGAGUGGACUGAGAAAUUACAAAAGGUGGAGCCUCAGCAUCAGCUGCUGGCCGACCUCGAGGAGAAGAGCGAAUUGUUUGACAAAGCGGCGACCAAGUACAAGGCCAAGGUUUCGGCGUAG